GUAGAAAGGGUCAGUCAGGAGAAAGGCGAUACCCCACCCCCCAACCCGAAGGCUGCCAGUGGCCCUCUUGGGGUCCUCCAGGAGCGCAGCCCAAGGGUUGGGGACUGCUGGAGACCAGAAUUGCCAGCUCGGGAUUUGUGGGGUCCAUGGCUGCUGUUCCUCUCAGCAUGGCAUCCCCAGCUUCCCAGGACCACAGCCUGAUCUGCCUGGUUUGUUUUGGAUCUAAGCUGAAAUAAUUAUGAGUUUUGAGGAUCUGGGUGGAGACCCAGGCAAGUUUAUUACCUGUGGGUGGAAGUGGAAGGAAGAAGAUUCUCUGAGCAGACAGGUCCACAAGAGAGCUCUGGAGACUCAGAGAUCUAUGUUCCAAUCCUGUCUUGGCCACUGGGUGGCCUGGGCAAGCCGUCCUUUCUCUGAGCCUCAGUGGCCUCGUCUGUAAGAAGGGACUAAUGAUACGGAAUUUGAGGGCUGUUGAGGAGCUGAUGAGUGUGUCAUGUUCAGCACCAGUGUCCCCCCAUGGGCAGGCUCACAGCUUGGGGAUGGGAAGUCAGUCCCUGGAAGGAGCCUCCCAGAACCAGAAUCCCAACUGUGCCCCUCCCUAGGGCACAAGCCUUCCACAGGACCAAGCCUGAACCCUGUAGCCUGGGACUUCAGGUAUUUGAUAACUGGGGCCUGCCAGCCUUUCCAGCCACCUCUCCCGCCUGACUCUUUACCUUGCAGCAGCUGCCUGGAGUCUCUCAUUUCUUGCCCCUGGCCUGUUGCAUAUUCUACACUCCCUCUCUGAUAAGCCCUCCUACUCUCACCUUCCUCAACUGGAGAACUACCCAGACUUGGGACCCAGCUCAGAUGUUCUCUCCUCUGGAAAGCCUUCCUUGAUCCCUACAGCUGGGUUGGAGCCUCUUCUAGGCCCCUACAGGCCUGGGGCUGACAGCCCUGGUCCCACCUGAACCGUCAUGAUCUAUGUCUGUCUCCUCCUUUCCUCUUCCCAGGUCUAGGGGCUCCUGGAGGGCAGAAACUGGGUCUUAUUAUUUCUGUGUUGCCAGCACCCUGCACAGGGCUGAGCUGAACUGAGAGAGCAGCAGUGGCCCCCAUCCCCUGUCUCUGGCACCAGCUUCUCCAGUAAAGGCCCAGCUGCAGGGGAGCUCCAUGUCACUACAAAGAAGGGCAAACCAGAAUCUGGUUAUCAAAGUGGGUGGCACAGUUUGCCAGAACAGUGUGAUCUGGGACACUGUAGGACCUUGAGUGCCCAGGCUAAAGACCUAGAUUUUAUCCUGAAGGCAAUAGGGAGCCAUGGAAAUUUAUGAGCAGAGGAGUUUCAUGGUCAGAGCGGCAUUUCAGAAAGCGCUCUCUGGCUGCAGGAUGGAGAAUGGAUCAAGUACUGCCAAGUACAGGGAGGUCAGGGCAUUUGUGAUGUCAACACUAGAACUGUCCCAGGAGUUGUUUGAACCCUAAUUGAGCCCUUGCCCCUUGGCCAAACACUUUUCCCUGAGCCUUCAGAUGCUCCUGCUGAGGAAUUUGGGGACCCGCAAUUGAUCUCAUCCCAGCUCUGUUCCCAGCUGGUUGAAUGACCAGUUCCUGCCCUGCCAGGCUCUAAAAGGAGGCCAGAACAACUCCUGAAUGAGAGGCCUGGGUGCUGGAGCGAGGGAAAGGGACCUCCCUCAGACUUCUGGGGCUUUAUGUGGCCUCUCCCUCCCCAGGUCUGAGGAGAGCCUCUGGGUGUCGACCUGGCUUCCUGGAAACUACAUGACUGCAGUGUGAAAGGUGGACAGACGGGGCAGGGGUGGAGGCACGGAGGCCAGUGAGGAGGCUGGUGCUGUGGACUGUGGAAGCACAGGCCUCUGGCUGCAGUGUGGGGACCGCGUAGUGCAUGUCCGAGGAAUUUCACUGGUUGAACUAACAGGACUUGGAGCCCCUUGUGGCAGCAGCACUGCCUGCCCAGAAAAAUGCUGGAGGCUGGGGGUGGCCCCAGGCCUGGGGACCUGUUUUUCCUGUUUCCCACAGAGUUCCCUGCAGCCCGGUCCAGGCGUGUGCAUUCAUGAGUGAGGAACCCGAGCAGGCGCUGAGCAUCCUGACCUGGAGAGCAGAGGCUGGUCAGGGCGAUGGCAGCAGACCUGGGCCCCUGGAAUGACACCAUCAAUGGCACCUGGGAUGGGGAUGAGCUGGGCUACAGGUGCCGCUUCAACGAGGACUUCAAGUACGUGCUGCUGCCUGUGUCCUACGGCGUGGUGUGUGUGCUUGGGCUGUGUCUGAACGCCGUGGCGCUCUACAUCUUCUUGUGCCGCCUCAAGACCUGGAAUGCGUCCACCACAUAUAUGUUCCACCUGGCUGUGUCUGAUGCACUGUAUGCGGCCUCCCUGCCGCUGCUGGUCUAUUACUACGCCCGCGGCGACCACUGGCCCUUCAGCACGGUGCUCUGCAAGCUGGUGCGCUUCCUCUUCUACACCAACCUUUACUGCAGCAUCCUCUUCCUCACCUGCAUCAGCGUGCACCGGUGUCUGGGCGUCUUACGACCUCUGCGCUCCCUGCGCUGGGGCCGGGCCCGCUACGCUCGCCGGGUGGCCGGGGCCGUGUGGGUGUUGGUGCUGGCCUGCCAGGCCCCCGUGCUCUACUUUGUCACCACCAGCGCGCGCGGGGGCCGCGUAACCUGCCACGACACCUCGGCACCCGAGCUCUUCAGCCGCUUCGUGGCCUACAGCUCAGUCAUGCUGGGCCUGCUCUUCGCGGUGCCCUUUGCUGUCAUCCUUGUCUGUUACGUGCUCAUGGCUCGGCGACUGCUAAAGCCAGCCUACGGGACCUCGGGCGGCCUGCCUAGGGCCAAGCGCAAGUCCGUGCGCACCAUCGCCGUGGUGCUGGCUGUCUUCGCCCUCUGCUUCCUGCCGUUCCACGUCACCCGCACCCUCUACUACUCCUUCCGCUCGCUGGACCUCAGCUGCCACACCCUCAACGCCAUCAACAUGGCCUACAAGGUUACCCGGCCGCUGGCCAGUGCUAACAGUUGCCUUGACCCCGUGCUCUACUUCCUGGCUGGGCAGAGGCUCGUACGCUUUGCCCGAGAUGCCAAGCCACCCACUGGCCCCAGCCCUGCCACCCCGGCUCGCCGCAGGCUGGGCCUGCGCAGAUCCGACAGAACUGACAUGCAGAGGAUAGAAGAUGUGUUGGGCAGCAGUGAGGACUCCAGGCGGACAGAGUCCACGCCGGCUGGUAGUGAGAACACUAAGGACAUUCGGCUGUAGGAGCAGAACACUUCAGCCUGUGCAGGUUUAUAUUGGGAAGCUGUAGAGGACCAGGACUUGUGCAGACGCCACGGUCUCCCCAGAUAUGGACCAUCAGUGACUCAUGCUGGAUGACCCCAUGCUCCGUCAUUUGACCGGGGCUCAGGAUAUUCGCUGUGUGGUCCAGAGUCAACUGUUCCCAUAACCCCUAGUCAUCGUUUGUGUGUAUGAGUUGGGGGAAUUAAGUUUCAAGAAAGGCAAGAGCUCAAGGUCAAUGACACCCCUGGCCUGACUCCCAUGCAAGUAGCUGGCUGUACUGCCGAGGUACCUAGGUUGGAGUCCAGCCUAAUCAAGUCAAAUGGAGAAACAGGCCCAGAGAGGAAGGUGGCUUACCAAGGUCACAUACCAGUCUGGAGCUGAGCUACCUGGGGUGGGGGCCAAGUCACAGGUUGGCCAGAAAACCCUGGUAAGUAAUGAGGGCUGAGUUUGCACAGUGGUCUGGAAUGGACUGGGUGCCACGGUGGACUUAGCUCUGAGGAGUACCCCCAGCCCAAGAGAUGAACAUCUGGGGACUAAUAUCAUAGACCCAUCUGGAGGCUCCCAUGGGCUAGGAGCCAGUGUGAGGCUGUAACUUAUACUAAAGGUUGUGUUGCCUGCUGAGCUGUGCCCUAUUGUGUGGUCGGGGGAUGAGGAUAUGGCAGGGAAGCUUUCACCAGCCACACAAGGGUCCUUUCUCCAACCCGUUCCCUUCUGCCACCUGCCUUCUCACUAGCUGUCUCAGGAGUAGUCUCCUAUCAGGGAUCCUCUCUCCAGGCCCCAGGUCAUCCCCCACUGUAAAGCCAGUUGGCUUCUGUGCCUGACUCUGCUGAGCACAGAGAAAAGUCAGGUGCAGUCCCAGUCCUUGAGAUUUCCCAGUUUAGGUGAUGGCCAGUCAUGUGCUGGUAAAUGUUAAGCCAUUUAACUGGAGCUCCGAUUUAACUGGGAACCCCUUCUUUGUAGAACUGCCCAUUUCCAUGGUGCAAAAACUCUUAUGGCCAAAUUCAAACUAUAAACAUGAUGUCAACUUCCUUGUAAAAUUCCUGAAAAUUUAACAAUUGGUUCUUGCAAGCAGGUACAAGUCACUCUAGCACACCACUGGAUAAUGCCGAGUGGCUGGGGCUGUGAGCCAGGGGGUCAGGGAAGGGUUCCUGGAGUGGGAGACUCCUGAGCUGUAGCUUCUGAGAAAAGCAGCUCACUGGAAGAACAUCCACACACAGGAUGCAUCCCAGGCAAAGACAUGGGGCAAGAGGGCAGGGUGUGCAUGAGCCAUAAGCAGGCUGGACAGCUGACUCCAGGCUCAAGGCAGGGUUGGGGCUGGGUCACAAGGAGGCCAAGUUAGGGCUCCCUCCUUGCCCUGACCCUGAGGCUUCCUUUGCACUGGGGGUAAAUAUGAAAGAGAUUCACUCCUCCUCCUGUCCAUCCUCUGCCUUCUGGGAAAAUCCCAGAAUGGCAGGGUGGUGCUCAGGCUGGGUCAGGACUUAGUAUGGGGGAGAUGGGUCUCACCUAUGAUAGGUUCUGGGUCUAGCCAGGACCACUCUGGGCUGACGUGUGGCGCUCAGCUGGACGGGGCCCCGCCCUAGCCUUUGGAAAGGGACAGGGCAAAGCUGACAGGCCUCACUCUUGAUCUCAAGGACAGGGACUCACUCCUCUCCCUCUGGGAGAGCCCUCGCCCUGUGGCCCACUCUGCCUGCCCCCUCUGACCUCUCCACCCUUCCCACUCUGCCUUGUGAAAGGCAGGGCAUCCCCAAAGCUUGCUGUAUGUGGAGCCUGACUCCACAGCGCCCUCAUGUGACAGAGACCCAUCACAGACCAUGACCCAAAUGAUUACUCUGUACUGUGCCAGGUGGGUGACCUGCCCAGAAUAGUGUGAGCUAUUCACCUCUCACCUUCUAGGUUCUAUACUUCUGUUAAUGUAGCCGAUGUCCUUCUGAGUUUUUUUUUUCUUUUUGAGACGAAGUCUUGUUCUGUCACCCAGGCUGGAAGUGCAGUGCUGUGGUCUUGGCUCACUGCAGCUCUCUGCCUCCCGGGUUCAAGCAAUUCUCCUGCCUCAGUUUCCCAAGUAGCUGGGAUUACAGGUAUGCACCACCACACCUGGCUAAUUUUUGUAUUUUUAAUAGAGACAGGGUUUCGCCAUGUUGACCAGGCUGGUCUCAAACUCCUGACCUCAAGUGAUCCACCUGCCUCAGCCUCCCAAAGUGCUGGGAUUACAGGUAUGAGCCACCGCGCCCGGCCCCUCUUGAGCUUUCUUAGUGAUUGCCUGUUACAAACCACCCUUGAGCCUUUCCCACAGGCCCGAGCCACUCCAUAAGGACACAGGAGGGGCUCGUUCACCAUCUAAUCCUGUGGCAGGCACAGGUGAAGGUGUAUACUGGAGACCCUGGGUGAACCAGGGACACCUCUGGAACCCAGUUGGACUGCCUGGCCCCCUGGUAUGCAUGUCCCACCUUGCUGCUCAGUGCCCAGGCCACUUGCCUUGUGGGUGAAGUUCCUGCCCUGAUGCCUCAUGCUAUUUUCAGCCCAAGUAAGACCAUAAUUUUCCACUCCUGGCCCCAGACCAUCGUCCAGCAGUGACGUGAGGGGAUCUGCCUGCCCUCAAAAUAUCUCCUAUUACCCUCCAGUAUUCCCUGCCCCCUUCACACCUCCCUAACCUGACAUCACUUCCUGGGCUGUUGACUCAUGAAGGCCACUGUGAAAGGGCACGUGAGUUGCCCAUCCACUGAGCAGACCCCAGGGAUUAUCCAGCCCAGCUGCAGACUCAAGGCCAGAGAUGGGCAGGGCUGAGCCCAAGGUCAUUCAGCAUGUCAGCGUGGUGCCUGGAUGUAAGCAAGUGCCUUGGUGACGAUCCUGCUGUCACUCACACUGCCCAGCUCUUCCUGCCCAGGGUGACUGGGAUGGAGCCAUAGACCUGAGGCCAGGGACAGGGCAGGGAUGGGAGGAAAGGGAGGGUAGAGAGGUGAGUGUCAGGGAGUAAAUGUCUGCUGAUGCGCCUGCAGCAGCUGUUCUCAAUGAACUGCAUGACAUCAGGGCAGGGUCCCUGGCACACAGGGGUCUCUGCCCUGGGUGGCAGGUGUCCCAGGGCCCAGGAGGGAUGGGGGAACCCCAGGGUACAUUCCCACUUUCACCCCCUGAGGUAAGAAGAGGCCCUAAGCAACAUGUUAUCCACACAUGGUUGCUCCAGGUCAGGCCACCAAAGCUACCUCUCUGCCACCCUUGUCAUGGCAGAUUUGGGCUGCUCUGUUUAGAAUCAGGCACAUGAGGGAGGGAAGUCGUGUAUUGACCCAUGUCCCACGCACCCUGCGGGAUCCUCUCAUCUAUGUUAUAUGGUGGAUGCUUCACAGAAGCCCUGGGAAGUAGAUGCUAUGAUCCUAUUUAGCAGAUGAGGAAACAGGAGAAGGGCGUGAGAAGUGAGGACUUGUUCCAGGUUAUCCAGGCUGUCAGGGUGAGUCAGAGUGAGUCCAGGUUCACCUGAUGGCCAGAAUCAUGCCCUUUAUAGUGCCCCACGACACUCACAGCCCUGCAGGGCAGAAGGGUCUAUAAGUGGCCCCUCGCAUGAUUCAAGAUGACAGAGGCAGUGUACCAAGGAUGUGAGAACACAGAUGCUCCACCCAGACCACCUCAGUGUCAAUAUUGUCCCCACUUUCCUGGUUGGGGUCUCUUGGGCAAGUUACCUAAUCUUGCAGCACCUCAGCUUUCCCAUUUCUAAAGUGCGCUGCUACCUUCCAUGCCGGGCAUUGAGGGGCUUUCCUACAUUAUUACGCACAAAGUCCUCCUCACAGUGCCUGGUGUGUGGUCAGCAUUUAUAUGCCUGGCACCAGGCCGGGGGCUCUGGAGGCAAAUCAGCUGGGCCCUGCCCUCACAGAGUUGACAUCACUUAGUACGUAACCACAUUGGGAUACAUGUUUUGAAGGAGAGGACAGUGUGUCUGGCCAGUGAGCAACAGUGGGCCAUACGUCUCCAGGGAACCCCCGUGGGGUGUGGGAGGAGGGAAGCAGGUCUGUCCUGGGGGAAUGUGUGGGAUCACCUCUGCCCUGCUUGGCAGUAGGUGGAUUUCAGGACCAUGGGCCUGUGCUGUUUACAGAACCUUGUCCAGGUGCCCAGCUGUGGGAGGGCAGCAUGGAGAGGAGGAAGAGGGGCCCCCUAGUAGCAAGCUUCAGAAACUUGCCACUUCGGGCUAGAGAGCUCGCACCCUCCCACGGCAGCAGGGUAGCCAUUUCUCCCUGACUGGGGUGUCCACCAUGGUGCUCUGCAGCCACCUCUCACUUCAUUAAGAGUCCACAGAUCUAGGAGCAGAGGACUGGUCUGGAGCUGGGCAAGGGCAGGCAGCAAAUGGGGAGUUUUUGCUGUGUGACCUGAGGUCACUUGCCUGCCUUCUCUGGACUGCACUGUAGGGCCUGGAGACCUGUUCCCCUGUUCCAAUUUCCCCACCUCAGUGAAGGCACAACCAACAGCUGCUCCCCGGGCAUUUCCAAGACCCUCCAGGCCCCCAGUUCUGAGGACUAGGGUGGAGGCAGUGUUUCUCCCCAGCAUCAAGUGACCAGAGAAGUGAAGUGACCCCACUGCCGCCACACGGAGCCACACAGUGCAAUGUCUGGAGCUCCUGCCUCCUGCAAGGUGGAGGGUGGGGCUUGGCCAGGAGUGACCAGACUACAGAGUGAGGGGUGUGCUUGUGGGGGUGAAGGGUUGGGGUGAGAACUGAGCCCGAGUCAAACUCAUCCUCCUCUGCCCUGAUGCACUGUGCAACUUGGGGGAGUCACUGUCCCUCUCUGGGCCUCGCUUUCCCCAUCUUCGAUAGGACUUGGCUCUGCCUGGCCACUCCUCCUCCAAUGGGGGAAUUCCUGGGCUUGCCUCUGUCUUGGCUCCAGCUCAGGUGUCAGUCUCAGCCCUGUCCCAGCCAGGAACAAUGGGCCAGGCAGGGCUAGUCACCCCCUGUCCCUGGGGGCUCCACCCAUGGCCCUGGACUAUUUUCAGCCCUUGCAGAUGGAGUCAGAAGAGGAUUUUCCACUCCCAGUACAAUGACUGUCCUGGACCAUUGUCCAGCAGUGACGUGGGGGACCUGCCUGCCCCAAAAUAUCUCCUGCCCCUAGUUUCCAAGCCUCUCUGCCCUGCUCCUCACCUCCCGGCCCUGCUCCUUACCUCCCCACCCUGAUAUCAUUUCCUGGGGCUGUUAACUCCUGAAGACCAUUGUGAAACAUCACGUGAGACUCCUGGGAGACACAACCAGUUGGAAUGAGUUUUCCCUCCUGGCAGGGACCCCAGGUAUUGUUUGGCUGCUUAGUGGGACUGGUGGCCCAGAGAGGGCUGUGUCUUACCCAGUCACACAGCAGUCAGUGUGAAGCUUGGAUGUAAGCCCAGGGCUCUUUGGCUGCUCCCACUGCCUCAGUCAACUUCAUUAGCUCCAGUCUGUGGCUCCUGGAACUGAGAGCUCACCACUGAGCUUCCCGGGAUGGGCACCUGGGAUAGCAGCCCAAGUGGUGUGGGUGGAGAGGUGCAGCUCAUGCUCUGACCUUGGAGUGAGCCCAGUGCAGGGGCCUGACCUUAAACCCUUUCUCCCCACUGAGUCCCAUUUUUACCAAAUGUGGCUGUUAGGAACUGAAUGUUUGUGUCCCCCACCCCACAAAUCCAUAUGUCAAAAUCCCAACUGCCAAGGUGAUGGUAUUAGAAGGUGGGGCCUUUGGGAGGUAACCAGGUCCUAAGGGUGCAGCCCUCAUGAAUGGGUUUAGUGCCCUUACAGAAUGGACCCCAGAGAGCUCCUCACCCUCUUUCCACCAUGUGAGGAUAUAAUGAGAAGUUGGCAGUCUGCAACCUGGAAGAGGUCCCUCACCAGAUCCCAACCAUGCUGGCACCCCGAUCUUAGACUUCCCGUCUUCAGAAUGGUGAGAAAUAAAUGUCUCUUGUUUCUAAUCCACCCAGUCGGUGGCAUUUUGUUAUAGCAGCCCACGCUGACUGUGACUGAACUCAGGGUGACAGAGCAGCAGCUCUGGGGCAAAGGGGAGGGUGGGGGCCACAGGGCAGCUGAUGCAGGAGCAGGGCUCUGGCCCAGUUCAGCCAUCACCAAUUCUGGGACUGCAAAUUCAGUUUCUUCAUCUGGAAAAUUGAACUGGUAAUACCAAUACCUCUUUUCCCGGUUUACUAGACAGCGACAAUGCAGUGAGGCACAAACAUGCAACUGUUUGAUUUUCCUCCCACCCAUGCUCCCUGCUCAGUGACGUGUGAUUUUCCUUUCCCAUCCAUAAACUGUGCAUUUGGCAAACUCCAAACUUUUGAGUCACUUUUGGGUAACAAAGUCAGGUUUAAGAUUUCCAUCGCCUACUUAAUUGAACACUCACCUGUCCUCUUCCCCCGUGCUGUGAGGACCUUCAUCACUCCUCUUCUGGGUCCCUCUCUCCUCUAGGUGUUGGGGCAGGGUGGGGAGGAAAGGGACCAAUGUGUCUUUCCUGGUGAUGCUACAGCCCUCUCUUGCUGACCUUGCUUCCUGGGCCAUCAGUGCCCCCUGCACAGAACUCUCCAAACAUCAGUCCACACCUUUGUAAAAACAGUCUCUCCGCUAAGCUAUCCCAAAAUGACCUGAUUAGAGUGUGCAACGUCUUUCCUGCUGGGACUCUGACUGAUACCCUGGUCUCCCUGAGUGAUUUUCCUGCACACCCUGCUGGGGGUGUGGAAGCCUGUCCCCCUCCCACCCCACACCCCACACUUGGCUGAGAUCUCACAGUGGCAAAGAUGUCUUUGAAUCCAUGGUGCCCAGGGUUCAGCGUGUAGAGUGAGGUGGGGUGUGUAGAGAGCUGGGGCAAGGAACCCUGAGAAGGUGUCUUACCCCAGUUGUUUCCAGGUUUCUUUAGAAAGCGGGCUAUUUUACCCCAUGUGUCCUCAGAUUUAUGUCCUGGAACCAAAUUCCAAAUCAGCAGCCACAUGAAAAGUCCCCUCCUCUCUGGCGUGGAAUUAAACUGUUAGACCUGCCUUUGUGACCAAAGCAAUUAUAAAAUGUGGGGGAGGAAAUUAAAAGCCUGCCACCUUAGUCCACACAGUGUGUGCUGUCUCUGUGUGUGUGCACGUGUGUUUAUGUGUGUGUUGAAUGAUCACAUGUUCGAGGGAGGAUGGUGAGGGGCGAGGGGCAGUCCUGGCGGGUACCAAGUGGACACUCAGAGACAGAAGGGCUGCAGGUGGGCAGCCAGGCCAGAGGGGGGCAACAAGGGGCUGCCAGGAGUCAGACUAAACCCCGGAAGUGGAAGUGGAAUGGCAGGAAGAGAUGGGAAUGGAGGGUCCAGCUGCCAGCUCUGUGGCACCCCCUCUCCUUCCCUCCCUCCCACUCUAACUCCCUUUCCCUCCCCACUCCCCAUCACCCUCCCCUUUUGCUCCCUGUCCCCAGAAUCCUUGGGAGCAAAGGGAGGCGGACAGGGACAGUCCACUCUGUGCUCUGCCCUGGCUGUUUAGUCUACGAAGGGCCCCAGGUUGGUUGGUGCUGCUCUGCUUCCCCCUGGUGGCCAAAGCUGGCAGCAGUGGCAGGAAACAGGCUGGGAUCCAGACCUUCGCCUAUGGGGUGAUAAGAAAAUGAUCCGGCUGCAGCCAGGCUGUUGAGUGUGAGGGUCCGGGGGGAGAGCUGACAAUUGAAACAGAGAACACAAUUUGCAUACAGUGACUUGCCAACAUGCCCUGACUUGCCAACAAGGUGACGGUGCCUGGCCCAAACCGUGAUGUCCGUCUCCUGCACCCCAGCCAGGGGUAGAGAUCAUUCCCUGCCGAGCAAUCCCUUUUCCUGUGGAAGACCACUCUUCACAGGGUCCUGGGCCUCCCCAGCUCAGCCUCAGGGACACAGCACAUCUGCCUAGGGCAGCCAUGGAAGGACAUGGAAGGGUGUAACCAUGCCCUUUCCAAAGAAUGGGCACCCCUAACUCCCUCUUCUACCCCACUCCGGUAACCCCAUCCUCACCAGAGACCCGUGCCCUCCGCACGCCCCUAGAAGUCCUUGUCUUCUCACAGGACAGCCUCCAAAACUGCACUCCAUGCCCCGGAGAAGUGUGACUAGCACAGCCGGUUCUCCCAGGAACUCCAUCUGGGAAGAAGCUGGGGUUCAUCCACCACACCCGAGAUGCCUGUAAUUUGGAUCCCACCAGCAUGUCCGUAGGUAAGAUGUGUCUGACUCCUGUGGAAGUCAUGUGGAAAGGGAGGCCUGAGUUCGGGGUCCUUGGGUGGAUCCAGAAGCAGAGGUAAGAUGGGAAGCCUCAGCCAGCCUCCUAAGCCGUCCUCUCAGAUCUCUGCACACCUCUCACCCACAAGCUUUUACUCCACAUAAACCCAGAUGCCCUCAUUCACAGCACAGAAAGCACACAAAUCCUGGAGUCAGAGGGACUUGCGUUUGAAUCCCAGCUCUGCCACUCAUCAAUCAGGCGACCUUGGGUAACUGUUUUCUCAUCGUAAACAAAGGGGGUAACCGGCCGGGCAUGGCAGCUCACACCUGUAAUCCCAGCACUUUGGGAGAUCGAGGCGGGUGGAUCACUUGAGCUCAGGAGUUUGAGACCAGCCUGGCCAACAUGGUGAAACCCCAUCUCUACUAAAA